UUUUUUUUUAUGCAUGUUUUGAAAGUUACAAAAGUUUAUCAUUUAUUAAUCUUUCUAUUAUAAUCAUAAAUACAAUGACACAUAGAUUUUUAUAGUUGUUUGACACAAUAUAAUAUUUGUUCUCAUUCCAUUUUUUUUUUUUACAUUUUUUAGUUUGUAAUUUAUUGUAAGGUGUAACAUUUUAAAAACAAAAUAAAUGUUCCAGUUGUAAUCUAUUCCGGUCAAAUUAUUAUGAUCUUCGUGUUCUAUAUAUUAUGGUAUGUUCCCGAAUUUCACCUACAUACAAUUGACCUAGUUUUGAGGGUACCUACUUAAUAGUGUCUAUUGCAUUUUUGCCUAGACAUUAGAAAUACUAACCUACAUAAAUCUUGCUCAAUUAAAACAAGUAUAACCUUAAGUAAUAUGGAUUAUUUAAGAUAUUCUUCUUUAUUUUUUAUUUUUAUUAAUUUUAAAUAUUUCAACAAGUGAAAUCUAUUGUAAACCAGAAAUAUUAAUACACUGACCUAUAUAUGUUAUUAUAGCACAUUAUCUAACCAUCAAUUCUGUAUUACAAUGAUGAAGAAUAAUACAACAUUAAAUAUUAUAUCUAAAACAAAAUAUACCUAGGUAUAUUUUUUUUAAAAUUACAAUUGGUAGUUAAUUAAUAAAAUAUAGGUUGUUUUAAAUACUAUUAAAAUUAUUUUAGUAUGUUCCUAUCUAGGUAUUAGUUUUCAAAAAAUAGUAAAAUUCAUAAUAAUAAUAAUUAUAACAUUAGGUCUACAAUUGGAAUCAAAAAUUUUCAAAUUUUAAUUUAAGAUUUAUGAGCAAAGAUAUAUUGAAUAUAAAUAAUUAUAAAUUGAGUUUAGUAUCAAAAAUGUACCGAACUUAUGUUUUUCUACAUCUUAUAUAAUACUAGCUGUCUCGCCCAACGUUUCCUGUACCAUUUUUUACAUCUUUUGGUUUUGACUGUGUCAGUAAUGAAUAAUAAUAAUUAAAAAGAAAUAGGUGGAAAGUGGUUAGUUCAUCUUCAAUGGACCAAUAGUUUUCUGUUAUAAACUAUUAAACUUAUAUGUAACAUUUCUUCAUGAAAGGCCGAAUUGUACUUCCAUAUAUUUUCGGGAAAAACUUUAGAAUGAUUGUUAUAUUUUGUUUGCCUCUUCUUUCUACUCUAAUAUUUCGCAUGUGUGUUGCUUUAUUCGUUUGAUGGCUCAAAAGGGCCCCCUUGCGUCUUACUGGCAGUGUUUAUUGUAACACACACAAAUAAACAAAACUGUUGUACUUACUGUCUUACUGAUGAAAUUAUGUGAAGACAGUUUAUAACAUUACAUUUUAUUUGAUAAAAAUAUAGCACAUAUAUCUAUAAAAUUAUUUUUAUUUACAUUAAUUACCGUAGAUAUGUUUUGAUCAAACUUUUACAUUUUAUUUUUUAUUUCAUCCGUAUAACUAAGGUAAUCCAUACAAAUAAAUAAUUCAAUAAUAUCUAAAAACCCAAUUAAAAUAUUAAAAUCACGAUUGAAAAUGGUGGGCGAGGUUAUGAAAGUAAAAAAUACUUUACGACCUAUUCUCAUAGCUACCAAAUAUACACAAAAAUGUCAUUAAAAUCUGUCAUGCCAUUUCGGAGGAAUGCGAUCACCAGCACAUGACAUGAGAAUUUUAUAUAUAAGAUGUACUACUUUUUGUUUUCUUUAUAUUUCUUUAGCCAGUUCUGGUUUUCUCAUUUUAAUAUUUUUUUUGUUUAUUUUUAUUUUUAUUUUACAUGAUAUUUAUGAAGUAUUUCAUAUUUUCAUAAAGCAAUUAAUCUAUUCAUAAACCAGUGAAUCAUGGGUACUCAGGAGGAUCGUGUUUUAACUGUUAUAAAUAAAAACCGGAAGAACUUUUUUGUUAAAGCACAAUGCAUUUUUGUUUUCAUAAAUACACAUGCUUUUUUAAAAACUUGAUACCAAUAUGUUAUAUGUAUUAUAAUCAAAUUGCUGUGCUGUACUAUAAAAUAAAUAUAAACAGCGUACAGUAUUAAGUAUUUUAUCUCAAAGAAAUUAAAAGACAUUUGUUUAUUUGACUAAUUAUAAAUUAAAUUUUGUUUUAGAACCAAAUAAAAUAUUUAUACUUAUGGUAGACCUUAAUAGUCAAUUUUCAAUCGAGUUUCUUAAACAAAGAAACCUUAUAUCUUAAAAUGUCUGAAGUAGUUUCAUAUUCACCAGAGAUGAUUGUGAAAACUGAAUUUGAUGUGUCAUCUGGAAACAAUGAUGAAAAUUCAAACAAUAAUUUUGAAGAAAAUGGUGACAUUGAAAAUGAUCAAGGAAAUUUAGAUAAUGGUCUACAUUCUAACUAUGACACAACUUCAGAUUGUGGAACCUCUAUUCAUCGAUGUGAUAGAUGUGAUAACUAUGAAACUAUGAAUGAAACUAGUUUAAUAUCACAUUUAGCAACAUGUCAAGGAACAGAAAGUAAUACUGAAAACGAUUCGCAGACAAAUCGUAAAUUAUUUGAAUGUGAUAUAUGUAAUAUGAAAUUUUCAAAUGGUGCUAAUAUGAGAAGACAUAAAAUGAGACAUACUGGUGUUAAACCAUAUGAAUGUAAAAUUUGUCAGAAGCGGUUCUUUAGAAAAGAUCAUUUAGCUGAACAUUUCACAACACAUACAAAAUCAUUACCAUUUCAUUGUCCAAUUUGUAAUAGAGGGUUUCAACGGCAAAUUGCAAUGAGGGCACAUUUCCAAAAUGAACAUGUUGGGCAACAUGACAUGGUUAAAUCAUGUCCAUUAUGCAAUUUUAGAGCUAGUUCAAUGAAAAGUUUGAGAGUUCAUUUUUUCAAUAGGUAUGUAAUUAAUUUAAGGAUGUAAUAUAUUUUUAACAUUUGUCUAUGUGCAUUUUAACAGACAUGGCAUUGACUUGGAUAACCCUGGUGUUGGUGUUAUUCAUUCUACUUCAGCAAACCAUAUACCUAUUGAUUUUAAUAGUGGAAAUAUUAGCACCAGCGGAGCUUGUAGUGAUAGUGGAGAGUCAGUUAGUGGGAAUCGUUCAGAAAGUAAUGCAACACCACCAAUGCAUUUUCUUACACCUCAUGUUGAAAUAUCAAUGACAGAACCCACUCCGGCAGAAUGUUUAUCUUUUUCUUCUUCUCAAGUAAGUUAAAUAUUUUUAAACUUGAUUAUUUAUUUAUUAGCGCAUUAUGCUAAUAUGGAGUUACAAAGUAGAUUGAUAAAUAUGGAAAGUUUUGAGAAUCCUUAAAAUAAUACCACAAAUAAAAUAAUUAUUCAAUUUUAUUAUAAAAUCAUUGAUAAUAGUUUUCUUUUCUUUAGAUGUACUACAAAUUAAUUAGUUAAAAUAACAUUUUACUGUUAUUUAUUUAGUUACUAAGAUUUUAAUAGAUUUCGAUAUUUUUAUAGCAAAUCAAAUAAAAUAUAGAUCAAUUAUCUAUUUGUUUAUCAAUCUAUAAAUUUGUGAUUAAACUACUUAGUACCUACUUACUUAUUGAUAAGAAGUAUGAUAUUUUAAACUUGCAAUUUAUAGAAUAUUUAGUUUUCAAAAAAAAAAAGACUGAUACAUCGCAUGAUGGGUAGAUCACUGUUAUAGGUGAGUUGGAAAGAUAUAGGGAAAAUGUAGUGUAUAUCUGUACGUAACAAUUAAUCAUUAACAAUGAAAAAUUAUUCGGAACAAAGUUUGAUUGUAUAAUCAAAUCUUACUUGAAAAAGAUUUUUUGAAAGGCUGUAAUAUUUGUGAUAAAAAAAUAAUACAUUUUAAGGUUAGGUUUCAUAAUUUUGACUAUUUUUCCCAUUUUUUAUGAAAACAAUGACCUCCCUAAAUUAUCACCCUAAAAAAAUUUUCUUCCAGAAAAGGAUCUACAUCAGAGUAAACUUUCUGGUAGAAAAAGUGUUCACAUAAUAAAAUAAAAUAAAAAUAAAAAAAUAAACAUGUAUUUUCCAUCUUUUUGGUUUUUUCCAAUUAUAUAUAAUAAUAACUUUGUUAGAUAUCAAAAAACUAAUUUCUCUGUCAAUGGCUAGAUAUUAAAUAAAUAAAGUUGAUCUCUUGUCAUUUUUCAAUUGGAGCAAGAUUUCUGGUAAAAAAAAUACAUAUUUUACAAAAAUUCAAAUAAUUAAACUGAGAUAGUCACCAAUCUUUUAAUCAAUUUUUAUUUUUUAUUUUUUCCUAAUUAUUAUAAAAACUAAACUUAAGAUAUCAAAAAAUGACUUUCUGUCAUUGGCUAUAUUUAGAGAAACGAAAUCGAUACCAUAAAAUCUGUCCUAGGAAAAUGGGUACAGGUGUAGCCACUGCUUUAGUUGAGAAUUUGAGAUGGUAGGAGAGGGGAAAUUUAAUUUAUAUAUCUAUAAGCAACGAUAAAUCAUUUCUAUGAAUGAUUCUGAGGAGAAUUCCAUUAAUAAUGUUGCUUUGUCAACAAUGUCAUAUUGUUAUAUUAUGAUAAAAUAAUAUAUAUACAUUAUAUAUUUGUUUAAUGUUGUAUCUAUUUUUCUAUGUUUUUCUGAGUUUUCCGAUAUUUUUUCCGGUUUUUCCCAUAUAUCGGAAAAUUCAAAAUCAAAGCAAGAAAGAUUUCUGUAUUAAUUUUAUUUUUUAAGCAGGGAAUUUAUUUCAGGCCUCUAAUUCAUUUUUGUGAUAAAUUUUUGUUUUUUAUUUUUACUACAUACCAACAUAAAUUGUUUUAAUUUUUUGUGUGAACUACCAUAAUGUAGUUUGAUGUUAACCAGGUAUUUUAUAUUUUGUUUAAGAACAUUCUAUAUUUUAUUAUGUUUAGAUAAAUGACAGUAGUAUAAAAUCUGAAGGUAUUUCAAAUGUAACUAAUGAAGAUGUUUCACAAGAUAACGAAUGUCCAAAUUCUCCUCAGUCAACAGACUCAAAUUCUAAUAUGUCUUCUUUACCAAUAUUGCCUGGAAAUAAUCGACAAGAAGGGGAAGUAAGUACGAUUACACCAUCUGUUUCUCUUAUACCAAUAAAACAAGAGCAAGGAGAUGAAACUCCAAGAAAAAGUAAUUCAAAAAAUGUUCACAAUGGAGAAACUGAUUCUGGACAUUUUCAGCCAGCUACAAGUCUAUCUUCAUUAAUCAAAAUAUCACCUCUUAAAUCACUAUUACGGGAUGAGUUUAAACGCAGAGUUAAUAUUAAUAGCUCUGAAACAGUACAACCACUUAACACUGAUCCUAGUAUCUGGAGGUACAUGGCAUUUAAAAAAACAUUACAAUGUACCUUUUGUGGUAUUACUUUUCCCGACCAAACACUUUAUUUUCUGCACAAGGGAUGUCAUUCUGAAACAAACCCCUGGAAAUGUAAUAUCUGUGGAGAACAAUGUAGUAAUGUUUAUGAAUUUAAUUCCCAUUUAUUAAGUAAAAACCAUCAAUAAUAUUUUCUCUUUUUCUUUUUUUUGAAUAAUAAUUGUGUUGUUCAGUUUCCAAAGAAUUAUUAUUUAUAUAAUCUAAUCAUAACAUUUUAUUUCACAAACAUAGUUUGCUUACUUACAAUAAUUGAUAAAAAUACUUACCUGUUUCAUUUCCACAUUUCUUCUAAAUAUGAUGCAAUAUUAUAUGUUAGAAUAACAAAUCAGAAUAUAUUGAUUAUAUUAACAUAACAAAUGCCAAAGGUAUAUUGAGAAUACCAAAUAAUAUUAUACCUUUUGUUAUUAUUACAAAAAAAAAUGUAUACAUGGUAAUUUUAAUUUUCUUAUAUGUGCUAGACAAUUUAACUUUAACAAACAAAAUAACAUACAUAUAUAUAUGUAUUUAUAGGUAAAUCACUUAUAUGCAGUUAUUAAUUUGCGUUUAGUUAGUUUAAGAAUAAAGUGCAUAGGUACUUAAUAUUAAAACAUUUUUAAUUUGCAUAAAAAGAGUUCCCGGAGUUUUAUUAAUUAUUGAAUUUAACUGUUCAAAUUCAAUGAAUUUUUCACCUGUAUUUAUGUUGAUUUAAUUAAUUGAAAUGAACAACUGAAUUAACUAAACAGUAAACAUAGUAUAUAAUGACUUUAUACUUAAAUUUGAUCAAUAACCAUUUAUACAGUAUUAAUUAUUAUUAUUAUUAUUCCAAUUAAAUCAAAUAAUUUAAAAUAUAAUAAUCCUUUAUAUUAGUUUCAUUAUAUACCUAAUUAUUGUAAAAUGCCAUAGUUAAAAACUGGAUUUAUUUUCAAAUUUAAAUUUGUAAC